CACCCUUCCCACAAACUGGGCAAUACUGGAGGGGCUGAGGCAGGGAGGGGAAUGAGCCCAAGCCCUGGCAUAAGAACCUAGUGGGGGUUGGGGAGAAGAGGGAUGGGCAGAGAAAAGGGCCGUGAGUUUAAGGGAAGUGCUGAGGAGCUGGGAAUCGAGAUCAGGACAUGGGGUGCUGCUUCUCUGAGGAAAGCACCAAAGUAGUUAACGCGGCAAAAGAGAAACUGAAGAAUAGCAAGAUCAUCUUUGUGGUGGGUGGACCAGGCUCAGGAAAGGGGACCCAAUGCGAGAAGAUUGUUGAGAAAUAUGGCUAUACACAUCUAUCCACUGGCGAUCUCCUGCGGGCAGAAGUCAGCUCUGGCUCUGAUAGGGGCAAGAAACUGUCAGAAAUCAUGGAGAAAGGACAACUGGUACCCUUGGAUACUGUGUUGGAUAUGCUCAGAGAUGCCAUGAUUGCCAAGGUUGAGACAUCCAAGGGCUUCUUGAUAGAUGGCUACCCUCGGGAAGUGAAGCAGGGAGAAGAAUUUGAAAAGAAGAUUGGCUCCCCUACACUGCUGCUUUAUAUAGAUAGAAGGGAAUUGAGGCCCCUUGCCCAAGGUCAUGCACAUAGCCAGUGGCAGAGUCAUCUAUCAGAAAGGGAAUGUGAUUGGUCAACACUGGUCCCACCUGUGGAUGCUGGCCCCGGCUGCCCUCGUCACCCCCUUGACCGGCGACACUGGCACGUGUGCCUCAACCCCAGGGCGUAA